AUGCCCGCGAAGACUGUCCCUGCCCCGGAGUCCGCUAUCAAGCGCGCUGCAUUCAAGCAGCAGCAGACGGAGAACUUCAAGAAGGCGGUUGUCGCCAACAAGGCUGCCAAGGCUUCGCUGAAGAAGCUGGCGUACACGCGCGGUCUCAAGUACUCCCGCGAGUACCGCUCCACCGAGAAGAAGCUCGUGCACCUGCGCCGCCAGGCGAAGAGCCACGGGAACUACUACCUUGAGGCGAAGCCGAAGGUGGCGGUGGUCACUCGCAUCCGCGGUAUCGCGAAGGUGGCGCCCAAGCAGCGCAAGAUCCUGCAGCUGCUGCGCCUGCGCCAGAUCUUCAACACCGUCUUUGUGCGGUUGAACAAGCCCAUGGAGAACAUGCUCCGCGCCGUCGAGCCCUACAUCACGUACGGCUACCCGUCCCUGCGCACUGUGCGUGCGAUGGUGUACAAGCGCGGCCACCUGAAGAUCAACGGGCAGCGCGUGAAGAUCAGCGACAACCAGAUGAUCAAGGACAAGUACAACAACGAUGAUGUUGUCUGCGCCGAGGACAUCGUGAACCAGAUCUACACUGGCGGCAAGCACUUCCGUGCUGUGACGAACGGCCUGUGGCCCUUCAAGCUGGCCCCGCCGGCCGGUGGCAUGAAGCAGAAGCGCCGCCACUUCGUCGAGGGUGGUGACUACGGCAACCGUGACACUCUUGUCAACCGCUUCCUCGCCCGCAUGAUUUAG